UGCGACGCAGUCAACGGUCACACUGGCCAACCACAAUUUGCAAAAGUAAACAAAACACAACAAUUUCGAACCGCAUAAUUUGCUAAAAUAGAAUAGAAAGUAUGGGUGUGACUGUCCUUCAACCGUAUCCUUUGCCCGAGGGAAAAUCGGGGGCGCACAUUAUCGAUCAACUAAGCAAACGUCUACUUUCGCUCGGUGCCACCCAUGCCGGUCAAUUUCUGGUGGACUGCGAAACGUACAUUUCGACGCCACAGCCGCACAAUGGAUCACCAGGACGUGCGGUGCAUGUCCUGCACAACUCGGAACAUCCCGCCUCCACGUUCUCCAUCAUUGACAACGGAACCGGCAAACAGGUGGCCCUCGUCGCCGACAACAGCUUCGACCUGCUCAUGUCCAAGAUGACCAACACCUUCACAUCCAAGAAGCAGACCAAAAUCGAGUCCCGUGGAGCCCGCUUCGAGUACGGCGAUUUCGUCAUCAAGCUGGGAUCUGUCACCAUGAUGGAGCACUUCAAGGGCAUCCUUAUCGAGAUCGAGUAUAAAGCGUGUGUGAUUCUGGCCUACUGUUGGGAAAUGAUACGCGAGGUGCUGCAAGGAUUCUUGGGCAUUGCAGUGGGCAAGGACUUUCCUUCCUACUUCGCAAUGCAGACGAUAAUGACGGCGAUGGGCCAGCAGCAGCUGCAUGCCAAGCACAACGACAUCUUCGAGCCGAUGGACACGGUGAAGCAGUACCUGGAGCAGUUCACCAACUACCGAAAGCAUGUGGCCCUGCUCGGAGGAAUGGGCAGUGGGCCAGGUGGUCCACCCGUGCACAUGUCACCAUCGGUGGUGGGCAUGGGACGACCCUGAUCCGCCGACGUCAAGCUGGAGCCAACAGAUGGCUCAGUAGCAGAUUAAGCUGGAAAUUCUUAAGACAACCCUUUUUUUUAAUUUAAUCUAAGCUAUUCCUGAAUUUCUCGAGGGUUUCGAAAAUAUGCAUUCAUAAUAAGUAAUAAAAUGUUCCUAGCUUACUCACACAUGUUUCAAAAAUCUCUUUACUAUGCAAUGUAAAAUUGAAUUCCGCUCAUCAUUAAAAAAAACAUUAAUACCCGGUUAACCAUCUCGAAAGUUAUACGUAUUUGUUUUUGGAGAUUUCUGUGACACAGGAACAACAAACAAACAUAUUAUGGCCCAUAUUUUUCAAUACCUCCUUUAUAUUGUAAAGCUUUUAUAUUUAUAACUUUAAAUGAGUGUACAAGACUACAAGACUUGCAAAAAUAAAAAUGUAUAUAUUUAUUAUGAAAAGGUAAUAAAAAGAUAAAUUGAAUCUUAAUAAAAUUAAAAAAAAAAUUUUUGGAAUUUUCGGUUGUAUGUCGGACAAUUCAAUUUUUUAAAACCUAUUAAAAAGACCCUCUGAAUUAUUUUAUAGUAAUUGUAUUAAAAACUUUUUAAUUUCUUGUUUUUGAACCAAUUAACAUGUAUCGAAAAACCCACAUGGAAUACCUCCGAAAUUAAU